CGCGGAAGGUUUACUCGGAAGUGGAGCAGCGAGGAGAGGCGUACUUCUCUGCACCGUGUCCUGCCCCGCAGACUCAGACCCGGACCUGCUGGGACUGACACAUGGACGGCUGGACACAGAGGGACACAGAGGGACAGCAGCGCACCGCGAGACCGCCAGCAGCGCGAGCACACCUGGAGUCAAGGCCAUGAGAACAGUCGCUGUCCUUGGAGGGGGGAUCGGGGGACUCGCUGCUUCUUACUACCUGUGCCAGAGUCAGCAGGUCACCAAGGUGGUGGUGCUGGAGGCCAGCAGCCGCUGGGGGGGCUGGCUCUGGUCCACCCGGAGGCCGGAUGGCGCCGUGUUUGAACAUGGACCCCGAGGGAUCCGGCCCGCCGGCGCCGUGGGACGCAACACCCUCAAUAUGGUGGAGGACCUGGGUCUCGGGGAAGAGCUGCUUCCGGUCCCCUCCAGUCACGUGGCGUCUCAGAACCGAUACCUGUACGUCAACCAACAGCUCCACAAGAUGCCCACCGGGAUCACGGGACUCCUCCGGACCGUCCCGCCCUUCACUCGUCCCCUGCUCUUCAGCAUCGCUUCUGAAAUUCUGGUGAAGAAAAGCGAGAACCCAGAUGAGUCCGUCCACUCGUUUGUUUCUAGAAGGUUUGGGAAGGAGCUGGCGGACAUGGCGGUGGACAGUCUGUGUCGGGGGGUGUUUGCAGGAGACAGCAGGAAGUUGAGCGUGCGCUCCUGUUUCCCGCCGCUGUUCUGGGCCGAGCAGCUCCGGGGCUCUGUGGUUCUGGGGAUGCUGAGCUCUUCAGCAGCGGGUGAUCCGGCAGCGGGCCCCGGUGCCGCCGUGGCCCCGGGGCCUCUGGCCCAGAGGGCUGUGCGGGAGUCCUGGGCCCAGUGGUCACUGAAGAGAGGAGUCCAGUCCCUCCCAGAAUCCCUCACUGAAUAUCUGCGAGGAAGUGGGCGAGUGCAGCUGCACACAGACGCAGCCGUGAAGCAGAUCCAGCCCUCAGCCUCUGGAUGGACGGUGCACUUGGAGGAUGGAGUGGUGUCAGCUGACCACGUCAUCUCUGCACUACCUGCUAGAGCUCUGGCCUCGGCCCUGCCCUCGUCCUGCCAGCCUCUGGUCCAGCAGCUCCAGGACAUCGCCUCCGUCACCGUGGCAGUGGUCAACCUGGAGUAUGAAGGCAGCAUCCUUCCUGUCCAGGGAUUUGGCCACCUCGUCCCUUCAUCAGAGGACCAGGCUCUACUGGGAGUGGUCUAUGAUUCUGUUCCUUUUCCUCAACACAACAGACCUGAUGGACUCACAACCAGAGUGACGGUCAUGAUGGGCGGGGCCUGGUUCCACCAGCUGCUGGGGGGGGCGCACCCCGCUUCACAGGAGCAGCUUCUGUCCAGAGCCGUGGAGGCGGUGCGCCGCCACCUGGGGGUGACGGCGGAGCCCAGCUGGAGCCGGGUGUGUCUGCACAGGGACUGUAUCCCUCAGUACUUCCUGGGACACUUUGGGAAAGUGGAGUCCAUGCGUCACUUCAUCAGGACUCAUGAGCUGCGCCUGUCUCUGACCGGCUCGUCCUACGACGGCGUGUCGGUGAACGACGUGGUCUUCAGCGCACGGACAGCCGCACGGCUGCUGGGGACCACGUGAACCGGGGGGACCAGGGGGACCUCUGGAACCUGGUGGACCUGGUGGACGCUCCCUCUGAGAGGCUCCGCCCUCUGCAGUCCACUCUCUCUACCAAUGUUUGCACUUUACUGCUCUAACUCAGGCCGUGUGGACGGGGCACCGUAACUCACACACACUUCUGAACUCAGGCGUGUCCUGCUACAACCACUGGACGUGCACUGAGAGUCAAGUCACACACACACACACACACACACACACACACACCAUCAACAUCCUGCAUAUAAGCUAGUAUCGUAUGAGUGUGUGUGUCCUAUACGGCUCCCUUUCAUUCUGAUUGUUUCUGCUGCAGGAAAUAAAUGUGGAGACUGCG